AUGACAACACCGAACCCCACCCCGAACCCGAUGGAGACACGCCGUACGAUCUCUCCUUAUGACCUUACCGCCGCUGAUAAUCCCGGCGCCGUGAUUUCUCAUCCCUUACUCAACGGAUCCAACUAUGAUGAAUGGUCUUGCGGAAUGAAAACAACCCUCUGUUUCCGCAAGAAGUUUGGUUUUCUUGAUGGGUCUAUCACUCGUCCAGCUGAAGGCUCUCCAGAUCUCGAAGAUUGGUGGACUAUUCAAGCAUUGCUUGUCUCCUGGAUCAAGAUGUCCAUCGAUACGUCUCUCCGCUCCAGUAUCUCACAUCGUGAUGUUGCUAAGGAUCUUUGGGACACCUUGAAGAAACGCUUUUCGGUGACCAAUGGUCCUCGUAUUCAACAACUUAAGGCCGAGUUGGCGUGUUGCAAGCAACAUGGUCUUGCCAUUGAAGCUUACUUUGGUAAGCUUAACCAAAUUUGGGACAACAUGGCUCAUUAUCGUCCAUUGCGUGUUUGCAAAUGCGGUAAAUGCGAGUGUAAUUUAGGUUCUCUACAAGAACAAGAUCAUGAAGGUGAACAUGUACAUGAUUUCCUUUUUGGUCUUGACGACACUUACCAUACUGUGCGGUCUACGUUAGUGUCUCGUACUCCACUUCAACCUUUGGAGGAGAUCUACAAUGUGGUUCGCCAAGAAGAGGACCUUAAGACUACGUUACAUCUCAAUGACGACACGUCUGCUGUUACGGCUCAUGCUAUUCAAGUCAAGCCUCAUGUGACCCACCAUCGAACCGAUCCCACACCAAUUUCUGAUAGCCCUUCUCUUUGCAAGCACUGCCAACGCCCUGGUCAUGCUUCUGAUAGUUUCUUUGCUGUCAUUGGGUACCCUGAAUGGUGGGGAGAACGUCCACGCAGUCGAACCGCAUCUGUUCGUGGUAGAGGUGCUGCAACGUCUGGUCGGGGCCGAUCAGUGAGUUAUGCUAAUGUUGUUCUUGUUCCACCUAUGCCCACUUCAGAGCAAGUGAACUACACAAUCACCAAUGCGGAUCGCGAUGGUGUCAGUGGCCUCAAUGACAACCAAUGGCGUAUGCUGAAGAAUCUCUUGAAUCGAGGAGCUAGCACGAGUACUGAGAAACUCUCCGAUAAGUCCUCUGUUUCAUCUUGGAUUUUAGAUUCGGGUGCUUCUCACCACUUGACUGGUACCUUCGAGCAUUUUUCAAGUGUUCUAGAUAUGCCUCCUGUUAUAAUAAUUUUAGCUGAUGGUCGUGAAAGAAUUUCAACCAAACAAGGCACCGUGAAUUUGGGUUCUCAUCUGCUUCUGAAAUCAGUGUAUUUUGUUGAAGAGCUAACAACCGACUUAAUUGUCGUAGGACAGUUAAUGGAUGAAAACCGUUGUGUGGUACAAAUGGCUGAUCAGUUUCUUGUUAUCCAGGACCGAGUUUCAAGGACGGUGAUUGGGGCUGGUAAACGUGAAUUGGGAACCUUCACUUUUCACAGCACGAAGUUCGCUGGUGAGGUGAGAACUCGUGAUGAUGCCUUGUACGAUUUAUGGCACCAUCGUUUGGGUCAUCUGGCUACGCAAGUUAUUGGUUCGCUUAAGCAUGUGUCCAUUUUUGUUUCUUCUACACUUAUGAAUAAGGCGUGUGCUUUUCAAACAACGGUUCAAAGCUUUCGCAGCGAUAACGGCAGCGAGUUCAUCAGUUUAACCAAAUACUUUCGUCAAGAGGGGUUUAACGUCAUAUGA